AUGAAACCACAUACGAUCUCGAGCCAGAGGGCCUGGGCCGUCCCUAGGCCUAUUGGGUCGGGCCCAUUUGGGCCCUGCCCAAUAGCUGUUAUGGUGCAUCCCCGUAGUGAAAGAGUUUGUUCAACCGAGCUACUCACGAUGCCUUUAAGUGCUAGUGCACCCAAAACACCCCCUAAACAUUGUGCCACGAGCCCUCGAGUCAUGGAAAUGAUACCGACUAGGCCGGCCGAGAAGGAUAUAAUGGGGUUUAUGUGUCCGCCCGAAAUAGGAUGCACGGCUAGGAGGAGGAUCGAGGUUGUGAUUGCCGCCAAAACUGAUUGUAUGAGGCUCGACAUUUUGAUGUCGGGCUCGAUUGUUGAGAUUGCGAUUGUGUCGAGCAUGAAUACGAGGACUGCAGUCCCGAGAAGCUCCCCUAUCGACGCUCGCCAAACCUUUUUACAUCAACAAAAUGUACUUAGAAAAGUUGCUGUCAAUAAUUUUAUAUAUAAACUGAGCACUCUUAGACCAUAA